GCGACGGCACCACCGGGCGGCGGGGCGGGGCGGGGCGGGGCGGACCGAGUUCCGUCCCCCCCCCCGUCACGUGGCCAUCCCGCCCCGUGCCCGGUGCUUGGCGGGGGGUGUGUGCCGUGCCGUGCCGUGCCGGUAAGUUUGUCGGAGCGGGCAGCGAGCGGCGACAUGUCCGGUAACGGGCACAGCUACGGCGAGCAGGCCGGCGAGGCAGCGCCCGAGCUGGCUCAGGAGGCGGCGCCCACCACGGCCCCUUCGUUGCCCGCGGCCUUCGGGCUCUUCAGCAGCGACACCAAGAAAAAUGAAGACCUAAAACAAAUGCUGGAAAGCAGUAAAGAUUCUGCAAAGCUGGAUGCUAUGAAAAGGAUUGUUGGGAUGAUUGCAAAGGGAAAAAAUGCUUCUGAGCUCUUUCCUGCUGUUGUGAAGAAUGUUGCCAGUAAAAAUAUUGAGAUAAAAAAGCUUGUAUAUGUUUAUCUGAUGCGUUAUGCAGAAGAGCAGCAAGAUCUAGCAUUGUUGUCCAUCAGUACUUUUCAGCGUGCUUUAAAAGAUCCUAAUCAGCUAAUCCGUGCAAGUGCUUUGAGAGUUCUGUCUAGUAUCCGUGUGCCAAUUAUUGUUCCUAUUAUGAUGCUUGCUAUUAAGGAAGCCUCUUCUGAUUUAUCACCUUAUGUGAGGAAGAAUGCAGCCCAUGCAAUCCAAAAACUGUACAGUCUUGAUCCAGAGCAAAAGGAAAUGUUAAUUGAAGUGAUAGAAAAGCUUUUGAAGGAUAGAAGUACGCUGGUAGCUGGGAGCGUUGUGAUGGCAUUUGAGGAAGUGUGUCCGGAUAGAAUAGAUCUGAUCCACAAAAACUACAGAAAGCUCUGUAACUUGUUGGUUGAUGUGGAAGAAUGGGGCCAAGUUGUUAUAAUCCACAUGUUAACUCGAUAUGCACGUACACAGUUUGUAAGCCCCUGGAAAACGGAUGACGAUGUUGUAGAAGAAUACAACGAAAACAAUUUCUAUGAAUCUGAUGAAGAACAGAAAGAAAAGGAUCGGAAUGUGAAAAAGACGUAUACUAUGGACCCAGAUCACAGGCUGCUGUUACGAAAUACCAAACCCUUGCUUCAAAGCCGAAAUGCUGCUGUGGUAAUGGCAGUUGCACAGCUUUAUUGGCAUUUGGCACCAAAAUCUGAAGCUGGUAUUGUUUCUAAAUCAUUAGUGCGUUUACUUCGUAGUAAUAGGGAGGUGCAGUAUAUCGUUCUGCAAAAUAUUGCCACUAUGUCGAUUCAGAGAAAGGGCAUGUUUGAACCUUAUCUGAAGAGUUUCUAUGUUAGAUCAACUGAUCCAACAAUGAUCAAAACUCUGAAGCUUGAAAUCUUGACAAAUUUAGCAAAUGAAGCCAACAUAUCAACUCUGCUACGAGAAUUCCAGACUUAUGUGAAGAGCCAAGAUAAACAGUUUGCUGCAGCUACUAUUCAGGCUAUAGGCAGAUGUGCAACUAACAUCACGGAAGUGACUGACACAUGCCUUAAUGGCCUUGUAUGUUUGCUGUCCAACAGAGAUGAAACUGUGGUUGCUGAAAGUGUUGUUGUCAUUAAGAAACUGCUACAAACCCAGCCAGCACACCAUGGUGAAAUUAUUAAACAUAUGGCCAAACUCUUGGAUAACAUUACAGUUCCAGUAGCAAGAGCCAGCAUCUUGUGGCUCAUUGGGGAGUACUGUGAACGGGUUCCAAAGAUUGCACCUGAUGUUUUGAGAAAGACGGCCAAGAGCUUCACUAAUGAAGAUGACCUUGUAAAGUUGCAGAUCUUAAAUUUGGGAGCAAAACUCUAUUUAACAAACUCAAAGCAGACAAAAUUGCUUACCCAGUACGUAUUAAAUCUCGGCAAGUAUGAUCAAAGCUACGACAUCAGAGACCGUACAAGAUUUAUUAGGCAGCUUAUUGUUCCGAAUGAGAAGAGUGGAGCUUUAAGCAAAUAUGCCAAAAAAAUAUUUCUGGCACAGAAACCUGCCCCAUUGCUUGAGUCUCCUUUUAAAGAUCGAGAUCAUUUCCAGCUUGGCACCUUGUCUCACACACUGAACAGCCGAGCUACUGGCUACCUGGAGCUGUCUGACUGGCCAGAUGUGGCACCUGACCCUGCUGUGCGAAAUGUUGAAGUGGCUGAGUCGGCAAAGGAAUGGACUGCAAUUCUAGGUAAGACAAAGAAAGAGAAACCUACUGAAAAGUUCUACUCUGAAUCAGAAGAGGAGGAAGAUGAGUCUGCCAGUACCAGUGCAACAGAGAGUGAGUCUGGCAGUGAAAGUGAGAAGGAAGAUAAGGAGGAAGGCAGCAGUGCUGAGAGCAGUGGAAGUUCCUCUUCCAGUGAAGAAUCAAGUGACAGUGAAUCAGACAGCAAAGAAAGUACAGCAAAGAAAACAUCUGGAGCUGUUAAGGAAAGUAAUGCAGAGGAAAGUAAAAAGAAAGCAAAGGGGAUCUCCAAAAACAGAAACACAUCCAGUUCCUCUGAUACAGAGUCCAGUUCGUCAGAGGGAAGUUCUUCAGACUCCAAAUCAGUAUCAGACUCUAGAAGUGACUCUGAUUCUGGAAAAUCUAGAAGUGCUACUUCUAGUAAGAAAGAAGAAAAAACUGCGCAAGAUAGAAAAACUCCAAGUAAACAAGAUGUUUUUCUCUUAGAUUUAGAUGACUUCUACCCUGUGACAACUCCUGUGGCAGUUCCUACAGCAGCUGUUUUGUCCCCAAGUUUAACAGCAGACCUAGAGGGAUUAAGUCUGUCAGGUUCAUCGGUCAUUGAUGUUACUACCCAAGUCUUCGUGCCAACAAAAACACAUGAAAUGCUUCAUCGAAUGACUGGAAAAGGAUUAUCAGCUCAUUAUCACUUCUCAAGACAGCCAGACAUGUUUGGUGAUCAUAUGGUAUCUGUGCAAGUGACAGUAACAAAUACAACUGAUCAGAAGAUAGAGAAUAUUCACAUAGGGGAGAAGAAGUUACCUCUAGGCAUGAGGAUACAUGAGUUUAAUCCAAUAGAGUUCCUCGAGCCUGGGGGAUCUGUGACUGUCUCAAUGGGUAUUGACUUCUGUGAUUCUACUCAGACUGCCAGUUUCCAGUUAUGCACGAAGGAUGAUCAUUUCAAUGUUAACAUUCAGCCCCCUGUUGGAGAACUGCUUUUGCCUGUCACUAUGUCAGAGAAAGACUUUAAGAAGGAGCAAGGGAUGCUGACAGGAAUGAAUGAGACAUCUGCUACCAUAGCUGUUGCUCCACAGAACUCUACCAGUCUUGUGAUAAUUGAGAAAGUAGUGAAGGCAGCAAACCUGGGUGUAGUCCCUUCUGGUCAAGACAACAUACACAGGUUUGCAGCUAAGACUGUGCACAGUGGGUCACUGAUGCUAGUCACAGUGGAGCUGAAGGAGAGCUCUACAGCACAGCUCAUCAUAAACACUGAGAAAACCGUGAUUGGUUCUGUUCUGCUGCGGGAGCUGAAGCCUGUCCUGUCCCAGGGGUAACCUGCUUACAUCUGGACUUCAGAAUCUGGCACACAACAAAAGUGCCUGGCAUCCACUACUGCUGCCUUUCAUUUAUAAUAAUAGCCCUUCCAUCUGGCAGUGGGGGGAAGAAUACACUCUUGACAUUCUUGUCUUCUGCUUUAGAAUGCUAGUGUGUAUCUAUCAUGUAUGCAAGUCCUCUCCUUUUUUUCUGCUUGCUAACCAAAGAACAUACAUUUUACUGUCAGUUAUCUGCAUUCUUAAAUGUAUUUCCCGUUUGUUCUAUCCUAGUACUUCCCUCUCUGAUCCCAUUUUCCCUUUCCCCACUGUAGUAGACAAAUACUGGAUUAUAAAGUUCAAGGGAAAUCACACUGCUGGAAAACUGUGUUAAAAUGGCAGAUAGGUUCCAGCAACAUACACAGCAACUGUGUGUGUGGUUCUGAGAAGUUUGAUUGUGUAAGUGUAACAGCACAAUAAGUGCAAGAAAAUUGUUUGCUUUCUGAAAAUCCUUGUAAACCUGAACUGAUGUAGUAAGAUUGUUGUUCCCACUUAAUGUCAUUUUCACAAAUAUUUUGUUGAUGUGCCAAUAAAGUAGUGCUAUGAGCAGAAAGUCGAUCUCUCCUCUUUUGGUAGAGAACCAUUAAUGAUUGUCAGUAAUGUAUAUAACUGGGUAAUUUAAAGUAAAUACUAACAAGAUUGAAUGCCACAUAUGCAUUAGGAAAGUGUUUUUGUGAAAGUAGACAGUGUUUGUGCUCCAAUUUUAAUUUUCUGAUGUGCAGUUACAUUUUCGUUAAUGAACAAAACCCAUAACUCUCUAUUUUCAAAUUGGCCUAUUCAUGAAAUACUGACUGAAGAGACUAUUUUGGUAAAUACUGUCACCUAGCUUAAUAAAUCAUUCAAAUUCUUCGCUUGAAAUUUUUAUUGUAUACCUAGGCUAGUAUCUACCACCUUUGCAUAAACCAGGGCUUGAGGCAAAGAGAAAUUCAUAGCCAUAUCUACUGAGCUGAGAAGUCCAACAGCUGUGCCACCUUGGCGGUACACAAUUUUCUACCUGUUGCUACAGUGGCUGUAACCUGAACAUGAUUUUGACUUUCCAUUCACAUUCUGGGUACAUGGUAGGAGCGAAGAUGCUAAACUUCGUCAUUUCCUAUCAGUUCUCACUUCUAAUACAGCUAUUCCUAGUAUCUCAUGGCUAUGCCAUAGAUGUUUUUGUGACACAGAAAGACAUUUGAAUAACUCCAUAUCCUUUCUCUGUCACAAGGACCCUUGCAUUGUCCUCCUGUGCUGGCCAGGUUGUGCUGGUUUGUUUAGCUUUACGGAUGACAGGAAAUAAUACCACUUCAUCAGAAAUGUUGUAUUAGUGCAUACUGGAAUAUUCUAAAAUUUUCUGCUAAAAUGUAGUGGAACCAAGAAGUAGCUCUGACAUGUAGCGGAGUUUACUGGGAAAUUCUAAAGAGACUUUUUUGCUAGGUAUUGAAGUUGCACUUCUGUAAGAAAUCUGGGUUUCACUAGCACCCAAAAUAUACUGGUAUAUUUCUCAGACAAGAAACAAGAAUCUAACGUCCUCAACAGGAAUGUACAUUUUUUUAAUCAACAUUUACAUUAUUUUCUAAAGUCCCGAUCUUGCAAUACAUUUUUUCUUGAAUUAUAAAGCGUGAUGUAAGAGCUAUUAUUCAAACAGAUGGAAAAUUAUUCACUGUAGAAAAUCUUUACAGAGAAAAUGCAGAUUGGUCUAGGUGGUGUUUGAUAUUAAGACUCAGAAGAUACAGAGGGAAAGGCGCAAAACUCUACAUCCUAAGGAAAGACUGAACUGUGAAACCUUCAGCCAUGCUUGUAAAGGAAAAAUAAACAGGAAUUGCUUCAUGUACCACAGUAUAAAUCAAAGGAAAGUAUAUUAUUACUGUAUGUCAUACACAUUCCUGAGUAAAUUCUGCCUCCCUAGAGUACUUCAUAGACUUUACUGGUGAAGACCAGAAAUGAGUAUAGUAAGGGUAUUUGGGGCAUUUCUGGUAUUUACAUUUUUCAACACUUUGUGAUUUGGUCCAAGGUUCAGGAACUCUUUAUACCUGCGUCUGGACUGACAAUGUGAUUUGCAAAUUUAUUCUAGCUUCCCCAGACAGUAGUUUGGGAGGAAAAUAUUUCUAAGGACAGUUAUUUAAAUAGUAAAAUAUGUGUGAAAUAAAGCUUAGCUCUUCAGGAACCUAAACAUGAGCACAUGUACAUGUCUUACAUUAACAGCACGAGUUGCACUCAGUCAUAAUUCAGCCAGGUAGUAGUAGUUAGCAAUAGUUUCUUGCUUUCGCUAUAUAUCAUUUUUAUUCACUUUCUUCCAUACUUUUCAUCAUCUGUAGAGGGGUGUUAAAGCUUAUUAGGAUAUGAAGUAGAUGACUAGUCUAAAUUGCAAGCUGGAAUUCACUUCAGAGUGAUUUGGUUGUACCAGGUAGCAGCAGCUCCUACCUCUGCAGGCAGUUUUUUCAGGAGCUGCAUGCUAAGAACCAUCUGGCUUCUGUGAGAACCUAGACACACAAAGCCUUGAAGCAUACCUGCAUGCACAAAUCAGGAUGUGGGAGCAAGGCUAUGCAUAGUAUUGCAGGACUGGUGAGUUAGGUUUGCUAAGAUAGCUAAGGAGUUGUAUCAAUUGUCCAAUUUGGGGAGCAGGAGGUGAGAAUUCAAAUGCAGUGGAAAGAAACAGAAACAGAAAAUCGGUAAUAACUACAAACUGAAAUGUAUUAUCAAAACAGGGAAUGUGUGUGAUUUUAACUCAUUCAGUCAUGCCCAAGGUAAUUAAAAUUCAAAGAGACUCCAAUAUUGUGAUCUAGUGUUAGUGUUAAAACUGAUACUGGUAAUUAUGGGUUGAAGAACUAUGAAAUGAGCAAGGGCAAAUAGAUCAGAAAGAUUCUGCAUAGUGAAAAAUCGACAGAUUCUUUGCUUUCUGGUUGUUUACACAAACACACCUAUUGUGAAGUCUUUUUUGGUUUGGCAGGUGGAGAGGUUGGUUUGUUUGUUUGUUGUCUUUUGUCUUUUUUAUUAUUUAAUAAAACUAUGUCCAAAUCAUGCUUCAUUUUAAAAUAAUUCAAACUGUUUGCAUAGAAUAUGGUACAGGGAAAAGCUGUCAUGUCACUGGAUGGUAGAAUAUAAACAUUGGCUCAAUGCAUGACAGUCAAAAUAACAAUGUUUUUCCUGUUAUUUUUCUUUCACAUUUUAUGUUGUCCAAUAAAGGACAAUAUAUUAUUUCCUGCAUAGUCUGCUUUAAUUCUAGUAAUUCAUUUCUAAAGAAAACUGCAGAAAUAGAAAUGAGUUUAGAGCUAGGAAUCAAAUAAUGGAAGAUAUAAAUAGACUACCAUGUGAAAGGACAGUGGAAGUAAUGAAAGUGUUUUUAGAACAGGUACAGUAUAUGAAAUAAUGAAUGGCAUAGAAAAGAUAAUUUUGGUUUUCCUGAUGAUCUUUUCUACUAACUCAGAAUGAAGGUAGCAUUCUGUAACAUUUAUAGAAUGAUAAAUAUAAACCGGAGGAAGGAAGUAACAUUUUUUUCCGUGUUUUUAAAUACAUGUACUUAAGCUCUGGCCAUACCUGACACGGUAUGUGCCUGAAACAAGCCAAUGAGGGUCAGAUUCUGUUCCCUUCAUUUUUUUGUUAGUUCAUCUUCCUCCCCUUCCCAAUAUCUUGAUUGUUUUGUCAUAGAGUGCAUGUUUUUGUAACACUUGUAUGUUACAUUAAAUGUUUUACGAUGCAGACACUGGACUUUUCUGUGUUUGCAUAGUGUGGCUUCAUUGCGGAUAGGAGCCUUUGUGUAUAACCCUGAUAAAAGCAAUUCUUCUGUUAAGGUUAUUUUCAUCUUAUCUGGUGUACUUGUGCUUUCUGUAGCACAGUUCAGUGAACCUGUUUGGAGGAGAAAGAGAUGGCAAACAUCACUGUAUACUUUCCAAUACCUAUAGCUAACUGGUUUUGCUUCAGAAGGCAGAAGGUGAACCUGACUCACUGCUGCAAGGUCUGAGUGACCAUACUGCCUCAAUUCCUGAUCCAUUUAAAUCUGUGUAUACAUCCUGGUGUGUAUACAUAUAUCUUUACAGUGUUGUUCUAAACUCCCUUUUCCCAUUAUGCAUGUAUAAAAGAAAGGGAGCAAAUGAGUUUUGCUGGCUAUCCCCAUUGAGGGUGAAGUGCCUUUAGUCACCAGUGCUGCAGCUUCCACCACAGCUCUUCCAGUCCUCUCCAGGUUGAUUUCUGAGGAGAGGGAAGGGGACAACAACCCUGCCCUGAAGCACCCUUGUUGCUUCAGGAAAGAGCAAGAGUUUGUAGGUGCUCUGGGGUCCUUCUCAUCCUUUUGCCCUGUAGAAAUGGACUCUGGGUGGUGGAAUGGUGGGGAAAGGCCUCCUCUUGUAGCAGCCGUGCCUGGCAGCCAUUUAGCCACUUGCCAGAGCAAAUGGCUGGGCAGGGAGGAAGAUGUCCAGUAAAAUGGAGGGAGCACCAAGGUCCCAGCAGAGUCCUGGGUGCAGGGAGAGGCAGCCUUUUGCCUCUUUGCAUCUGUUGUUUCUGACCCAAACAGCUGCCCCUUGUAGCUCCCGAGCACCAGCAGCAGUUAGGGGCUGCCCAUGCGCAUGUGGCAUCAAGGCCUGGAUGGCCAGGGAAGAUACAGACACCUCAAGAGAGAAACUCCCUGGGAAACGAGCUGCUAAAGCAGAAGGAAACGCAGAGCAGGAAUGCCCCAGGAGUGGAAAUAUGGUGCCACGGGAGGUGGAUUUGCACCCCAAGGAGAUCUCUGUGUGUGUGACUUGAACGAGCUGCAGCUAUGACAGGGACCAUGAGCAGACCCUUGUGAGCAUUUACCAGGAUUUCAGUUUAAUCACUCCUCCUAUUUUCAUUUUGGUUAGCCCUGAUUUUGUAUACUGUUGUGGGGAUGUUCAGUCAGGUUUUUUUUUUCCUGUCAAGAGAAGGACAGGGUGCCGACCAGGCAGAGCCAGGCCAUUGGGCUUACGCCUGGCCCCAGCCUUGGGUGAUCCAGCCUGGGAGGUACGUGGUGCUCCACACACCUCCUGAACACUGUGAGUGAGGAGGAGAUGGAAGAAUUACUGAUUCAGCUGCUUCUUCAGACUGUUUUCUCCCAUUCUAGCAAAAAUCAGGUAUGGGUCCUCCUCAGUACUGUUGUUUCCUCCCUCAGUUGUAUUUCUCCAAAUCUUUUCAGAUCCCUACUCAAAUCGGCAGAAUGAUUUGGAUUUAAAAACUCAUAGCCAUUUUUUGUGGGGCUGUGUUUUUUGUUGGUGGUGGUGGUGGUUUUGUUUUUGUUUUCUUUUGAUGGGAUUUGGAUUUGUUUGUGGUCAGAUUAUUUCACCAAUGGGGCUUAAACUCAGCCUUCCAGACAUUUGGAUUCAGCCCAAGCACUGAGGGGGCAAACUGUAGUGAGUUGGAGAGAGGAGGCCCUUCAGCUCCUCUUGCUGUACCGUCUCAGCAUCACACCAGAAUAGUAACUAAAUGGCUUCUUUUACCAGAAAAAAAACAAGGGCACCUUUUUGAUACUGGGCCCAAAAGUCGUUAUUCUUCUUCAGCCUGAUCUGCAGGCCUCUGGCAAAGCCUGCUUUUGGGCAAAGUUAGUUGGUUUCAGCUUCAUGUAAUUGAAAGUCAUUCUGAUUUCUGCACCACGGUGUAAUUGCU